GUUGGUAGGAACGCUUCAGCGCAUUCGGUUGCAAGUCGGUGUGUUUUUUAUGUAACACCCAAUUCCAACUAGUACCCCACGUGAAUUAAAGUUUAUUGACAGCGGAUUUUUAAACACUGAUGAACUUUAUACCUGCUCACUGCUCAAUUAUAAAUCACUGAUACAUCAGAUCAGAAUGAAGCACUCAAAUCUAAACCCAGAGGAAUCAAGCCUCUUCCUUGAGGUCUAUAACAUCAACGGAGCUGUGGUCCUUCCUCUACACUCCUCCAUCGCACUGUUCCUUCUGUCCUACACUGAGUGCAAGUCUUUCCAGGUCUACCUGGUCUCAGAUCAGCCUGGCAGCACAGAGGCUUUGGCAGGGUCCCUUCCAAAGAGCCUGGCUGUAUCUGAACUGAAGAGGGCAGAAGCUCCAGCCCUGGUGGCGGCUUGUCGUCUGCCGGCUGUGCUGGAGCCGAAUGGGCGAUUCUGCAGAGCUGGACUGGCUGUGGUGCUCAGACACAUCAUCCAGACAACCUGCCGCCUGGAGCCUCAACGUAGAGAUGUGGCCUCACUGCUGGGCUUCAAGAACACCUGCCUGAAGGCUUGCGCUGAGGUGAGACUAAAAGCAAGAAGACACAGGGACCUAUAUAGUGUGAGCCGCUGGACCAGGUUAUGUGAGCUGGGCAUUCCCUCAGCGGUUGAGGAUCACCUACGUAACCCUACUGAGGAGCGAUUCCAUCUUCCUGCCGCUCUCCUCCAGCUGGAGCACCGCCUGGCCGAACCAGUCAAGGUGCACAACGAUGACAAACUCCGCCGUCACAAGCUUCAACAGCAGAAGAACUCUGGGAAGAGCUCUGAGGAGAACUCUGGAAAGAACUCUCAACCACCUGAGAACCAGCAGGAGGAUCCUCAGAACAAGAGCCAUUGUGGAGUGGAGAUGAGUGCAGCUCCUGAGAGCCAGCAGGAAGAUCCUCAGAACAAGAGCCAGUGUGGAGUGGAGAUGAGUGCAGCUCUGGCCAAACUGUCUGUGGAUGGAGCGCCACCUGUUCCCACCACCAGAGAGCGCUCUGAUGUAAGGAAAGUGAAGACCACUGAGCUGCCAGAAUUGGAGCAUGUGUUUGCAGAGGGGCUUUACUUCACUCUCACUGAUGUGGUGCUGCUGCCAUGCAUGCAUCAAUACCUGAUCUCACUACAGAAUCACGCUCCUCAUGUCCUGCUCCAGCUCCCUUUGCUGCUGCGCUGGUACCAACGUAUGCAGGAACUGCCAGGGGUCCACCGUGCUGCAGAGGAUAGUGGGAUUGCUCUGUUCAGCCCACAGGUACCACAGCCCUGCUCGACUCAACCAGACGCUCCUCAUUGCCCCGAAUCAGACCAGGAAAACCCUGCGCCAUCUCAAGAGCACUUUGUGGGAGGGCCUAGACCCACGCUUACCAAACUCCAGGAGCAUGGCAUCGAGGCCAUCUUCUCUCCACACCCCUGCCCAGUAUGGACGCUUGACUGGGAGAGUCUGCCUGCUGGCGUCAACCCCACUGAAGGUAAGAUGUCAGACACUCGAGCUGUACGCAAGCGGCAGCAGCUGAACAACCUGGUCGCCAUGGUGAAGGAGCUCGCUGGACCUGAUCACACUAUAGUGGAUUUCUGUAGCGGAGGAGGCCAUGUUGGGAUUGUUUUGGCGCACACGCUUCCUCAGUGUCAGGUCAUCCUUAUAGAAAACAAAGAAGAGUCUCUGGUGAGAGCUAGAGACAGAAGCUCACAGCUCGGACUUCAGAACAUCAGCUUCAUCCAAGCGAACCUCGACUACUUCAUAGGGAACUUCCAAGUAGGGGUGGCUCUACAUGCAUGUGGUGUGGCAACAGACAUGGUCCUAGAUCGCUGCGUUCAGGCUAAAGCCAGAUUCGUGAUCAGUCCAUGCUGUUACGGCUUCAUCCAGAAUACACUCAAGUUCAGCUUCCCUAGGAGUAAGAAAUUUGCAGACACAUUGACAUAUAAGGAACACAUGAUCCUGUGCAGGUUUGCUGACCAGACGGCUGUCCAGCUUCCCACUGAGCGCCGCUUAAUCGGGAAACGCUGCAUGGGCUUGGUUGACUUGGACCGCAGUUGGGCUGCUGAGACUCAUGGUUACUCGGUGAAGGUGAUGACCAUGGAGCCUGAGAGCUGCUCCCCCAAGAACAACAUGCUAGUCGGGGUUCCAGCCUAGCAUCUCCAGCUGAUGACUUUAACAACUUUUACACAGGAUGUAGACUGGAGCCUUGAGGAACACCAUAGAAUUAGAUGUGAUACUUCAGGAGUAAGCGAUAGCUAUGAGAUGUCCAUAAGUGAUGAGGAUUUGUUGAGUCCAUUACAUAUUCAAAGUGACUUUUUAGAAAUAAUUUAAUGUCUUUUUUUUUUUUUUUUUAAUGAUGAAUCGUGAACUGCCAGCAUUGGAUGAUUUUCUCAGGAAGCUAAUCCAUAUUUAUGGAAACAUUGUUUGUUUUUUAGUUCAUAACAAAAAUUUUAUUACAAUAAAUAUGGAAUGAAACACGAUGCAGUUUCCAGCUAUGCAGUUAGGGGAAAAUAAUCAAUGACUGGGUGAUGUGAUGCUUACACAAUUAUUUUCCCCCAAGCAGCACCGCCCAAAGUGUUUUAUUCCUCUUAUACCACAACAAUAAUUUUUUUUAAAUGUAUUAAUUAAUGUAAUGCUUUUUAAUCAUUUACAUCUACAUUUAAUGUUGUAGAACCUCUGUUGUUCCCUCACUAGCCUCUCUUUUUUCCCCUCUCUUGAAGUUAAAAAGAAUUCGCAGGUCUUCUAUAAUGAAGACUCUCCCAUGGUGGAAAACUUACUGAUCGUUACAAAGAGCUGACACUGGAGACUCCUCUUCCAUAAAUGUUACCUACAUGACUCGUAACAGAAGACUUUACCAUAUCAACCAGUAAAUAACAACACUUUUUUUAAAACUCCGUUUUUUAUGAUUAGACUUAGAUUAUGUGGAUCGUCUACCAUCAAAGUCUCUGUGAAUGAGCUAUUGCUAUAGAAACAAUAAUGUAUUAGAACAAGCACAUUUAUAUUAAAAACCUGUGAUUUGAAUUACAUCUAGAACUACUAACAGAGCUGCUGUUAUAGAAAAAUAAUGAAAAUCUUCUGACUAAUCAGAUUUGAGCUGUGGUACAAGUAUGUUCUAACGUAUAUCUUGACCUUUGCUCGGUAUAGUGGUUGCUGUGUGGUGUGGUGCUUGGGCCCCUGAUUCGCUGAGUGCGAGCUUCCUUCUGAAGCAAAACCACCAGUACUCAACAAGUCGGUUCAAUCACUUUAAUAAAUUAAGGAUUUCUUCACAUGCUGUUUGCAAAUGAGGCUUUAUUGGAUUGUGUAAUGCCAUCCAGCAUAUUUUCCUCAUAAUAAGAAGAACAAAAGAUGGUGUCUCGAAAGAACCCGUCCCGUCCCACAUAUUACUGAUGUAAAAUUAUUCAUUAUAAUCUGCUGCUCCUCCUUGCAAGAAGGCUGCAAGUUUUAAUCCAUUCUUUUCAGAAGUAGCCCGUUGGGGAUGACUAUAGGGAGAUAUCAAUCACCCAGGCUUUGUGGAUGCACGGGGAUGGAGCAUUUCAAAAGCAUGUCCGAUGCAUCCGCUGUCUUGAAUGUUUGAUCGGUUUGUAGAUUAUAUAAAGGUCAUCCCACUACAUUGGACCACAGCGAGAUAUACACUCUCCCUGUUCACUUGGUGUUUAUGUACCCUACUUCUGACGGUUGGAUUGUUAUUGAGCACACACUCUUGGAUUUCCUCAGCCCGUAACAGCCAUGGUGUCACGUUAGAUAUAGAGCGGGAAGAUUGCUCUCCCACUAUGAGGAAGUGGCCAAGUGUGUGUGAUACGUGCACACACACCAGGCUAGCAAACCUCAUCUGAAUUCUGCUGGCAAAGUCAAUCUCUCCGGGACUGAAUAGCUGGAGACACUGUGGCUCUUUCCAAGGAGAGGGAAUCAUGUGGGGAAACCUGCAGCGUGUAGAGAAAUAUGUUCUGAAUUGAAGAGAAAAUGGAGAAUCUCUCGCUUUUAAAAUUAAAUAUAAGUGUGAGUUACACAGAGUCGCCAGUUUAUUAGUUCCCUGAUUUGUAUAAUUCAGACGUUGCAAUAAAUUAAGCAUUGCUUCUCAUGCAAAUGAGGCCUAUUGAAUUCUGUACUGCUAUCCAGCAUAUUUCCCUCUGUCAUUAUCUCUCAUUAUGGGGAAAACAAAAGGAAGUGCCUCGAAUGAGCCAUCUCAUUUACUACUGGGAGAAGGCAUGUGGUGUUUGAAAGGCCCGAAGUGUGGAAUGACCUUAUAGAUUUAUUAAUGGCGCCAUGACCUUUAAUACCUUAUGUCGUUUCAAUUUGGUUUAAAUUUCAUGGAUAUGGAUUGAAUUAAUUUCCCAUAUCCAGCAACAGCUCUCAUACUGCAGGUGCUUGAUUGAAUUUUCUUUGCCUCAGUGACUUUUAGCCCCAGCUUCCUCCACUUGCUUCCCUUUCCAGUACUUUUUGCAGAAUCAGAAACUUUGAGUGUCAUCUUUCCUUGUGUUUUUAAGAUGAGGAUCUCUGGAGGUGAUGUUGCUUUUUUUUUUUUUUUUAAUUUUUUACUGUACACAGCAGGUGCUGCUAAAAGCCUUGUUUUAAUCUUUAAAGCAGGAGUUCUUAAACUUUUUGUUCAGUGGCCUCAUUUUGUCUCUCCCAAUAAUGAACUACUGUAAAUAAGUACACGAUCUGCAGAACAAAGUGAUUUUCUUGUUUAAAGGUCUAUAAAAAUUUUAUUCAAAGUCUAUUAAAUUAUCUUAACAAAUCAAUAUAAAAACACAUUAAAAAUAUUUAAAAAUCACAUUUGUACAUCACAUUUCAUUUUUAUACAUCAAAGAGGGAAAGAUAUUGCUGCAGUCUGGUGUAAAAUAGGCUUAAAAGGAGCUCCAAACUGAAUGAAAGCUGGGUUUAUCAAUAUAACAAUAAAUCAGUAUAAUGACUUGAUCAUCUCAACAUUAUAUUACACUGCCAUGAUUAAAUUAUAUCACCAGACCUGCUAACCUUUCCGCAUUAUGCAAAGUUUAACAGAUUAACAUUUUAGUACGCUAGUGCGAGUAGCCUCGGGUUCUAUCAAGGACAAAAAAGAGCAAGUUUUGAAUUCAAUAAUGUAAAAUAAAAUUUAUCAGUGUAUGAUUGACUUAGCUAAAAUUAAACUGUUAUGUAUUUAACAUCAGUUAACUCUAUUUAUUAGCAAGUUCACCACAGAUGUUCAGCUGAAAAUGGGCACUUUUGGUUUUUGACAAAAGUGGGGAAAAAAGAUUGACCCAAAAAAAAAAUUGUAAAUAGGCCAACAGCUAAGAGCCAAAUCUAACAAUUGUUAAUGCUAACAAAAAUUAGAACGUUUUUUUUUUUUCUUUUUUCACCCCUUGCACUGAUCACCACUUAUACAAGUUGAAACAAUUUGAGCAGCAGAUCAGUAUUGGAAAUGUCGGCCAUUGGACAUUAGACGACCAAUUUGUAAAAGGGCUGUAUUGAAAAUGUACUGUUUUUUUUGUUUGUUUUGUUUUUUUUAUACUAAGAAUCCACAAUCUAGCUUUUUCCACCAAGCAAUUGCUGACCAUACAGCUGGGAAAACUUUUACACCUUGAAUUAUUCUUAAAUUCUUAAUAUUUAUUUCAUAAAUAAAGUCUAGAAAUACAGGCAUAGAACUACAUUUUAAAUAAUGGCUGGUAAAAAAAUCUCCUGCAAUCUCAUUCACAUCUCAGGAGACCCCACAAGCGUUGAGAACCUGUGCUUUCAAGGCUUCUUUUUCUGUCACUUGUAAACAUGACUGUUUACAGCAUUUCCUUACUGCAGAGGACAGCAAUAAACAAUGUACAAUUUUACAUAAAGCAGUAAGUGUAAACAGUGUGCGAUUGAGAAAUAUAAGGAGGAGGCUAUGUAUAUAUAAAAUGCAGCCGCAUCUCACACUGCAGCAUGUCUGGUUUUAUCUGCACCGUUCAGACAGAAAAGAUGGUUUUAUUUUUAUGUGUCCAGGCAGUGGGCAAUUUUCUAGCGAACACUGAGGAUACAAGAGAGAACAGCCUGUAAUCUGACUUAAAUGUGUCCGUGACAAAAGCUAAUCAGAAGUUAAAGAAGAGUGGAUUCAGGAACAAAAGCAACUGAAAUGAUUUUGUCUGACCAGAUACCAUGAAAUUAUCAGGUUAGGGUUUAUAGCACCAGUCUUUUAUUAUGUUUGAGUUGGUUCUUAUUUUUACAAGUAGGUCAGAAUAUGAUCCAAGCAUACAGUAGAUCUGGGUUAAAAGCCUUGCUCAAGGACUAAUGUCUUUCUGGCAGCCUUGGGAUUGGAACUUGUAGCCGUCUGGUAGCCUAAGAUGCUGAAAUGCUGUGCCACUGCCGCUCCUGCAUCGUGGAUUUAAGAUAUUGUUAAUCUUCUAUGCAGUCACUACCAAGAUCAGUUUUUCACCAGCACAUUGUCUGUCAUGUUUCCUCCAAAUUGCAGCCUGUUUGUUCAAGAGGUAAAAGAAAAUUUCUUGACAUCAUUUAGCACUUUACAGAAAAGAUGAACUUUUUUCAAUUUUUGAAAGAUUUGCUGUGACAGAAAAAUGCAGACAGCAGCACUUUUUAAAAUCUGCGUUGGUGGAAAAGAAAAGAAAAAACCUAGUGUGAAAGCAGCCUUAUCUGUUUGUUGAAGUGUACUGAAAUGAAUAAUCCUGCUGUGUUGAAUGGAAGCUGUUAUCAUUAAAACAGCAAUUAAGGUACGAUUAAA